AACGCGAGCGACACGUUUUCCGUCUGCCGUCCAUCGACCCCAAAGACAGCAAAAAUUCGAAGGGCUUGACGUCAAUUGACGUCUAUAAUUGAGCCCAGAAAGUGCAAAGCAGUGUGGAGAUAAAAAUUUCACUCAUUGAUUUUCUUCAACUAAUAAACCAUGGUGUUCAGGACCAGAACCUCAAUACAGGUCUUGGUGGUAUUAGUCACUGUACUGAGCUUAACAGCGGUCCUCGCCGCGCCUCAGCAAAACCGACCCCGUCCCAGACCUCCGGUGAGGAAUAAUCAGACAUCUACAACUACUCAACCCCCGAAUAACCAAAAUCAAGGUGGCGAUUAUGACAAUUAUGACAGUUCUCCAAGUAACAAUGGAGACUCAAAUAAUGGAAAUGGUAACAAUGGGCGACCCAACAACAAUGGAAACAAUGGACGGCCCAACAAUAAUGGAAAUGGAUCCGGUGGGCGGCCUGGUAACAAUCAGAAUAAUCAAGGAAUGAAUGGAGACUACGAUUAUUAUGAUGACCAAAAUAAUCGUCCUAACAAUGGUGGAAAUGGAAAUCAAAAUAAUGGACAACCCAACAACAGUGGAAGCGGUAGCAAUGGGCGACCUAACAACAAUGGAAAUGGAAACAAUGAGAGGCCCAAUAACAAUGGAAAUGGGAACGGCAAUAAUGGAAACAGUGGAAAUGGCAACAAUGGGCGGCCAAACAACAAUGGAAAUGGAAAUAAUGGGAGGCCCAACAACAAUGGAAACGGCAGUAAUGGAAAUAAUGGGAGUGGUAACAAUGGAAAUGGCAACAAUGAAGAUGGAAACAGUGGUGAUCAAGGCUCUGGAAGCAAUAAUAAUGGACAAGGCAACAACCAAGGUGGGAAUCAAAAUGGAUGUGAGAGGAGACGUUGCUGCAGCCCUCGUAGACGGGGUGGAAGCAAGCAGAGAGGAAGAAGCAGGUGCAGGAGCCGCAGUCAAGACAGGGACUGCCGAAGGACGGAGCGCCAAGGUCGCAAAAAAAGCAAGGACAGACGCAGAAGCAAGUCGAGGGACAGAGAUUGCUGAACUUGAAUUUUUUUAGAAAAAUUAAAUAAACAGGGGUGGGUUUUCAGUUCAACUGGUUUCUUGUGCCAAUUAAUAAUAAAAAAUAUGCAAUUCUUGUAUUAUAAAAAUAUCUUUGUUUA